AUGGCACCAACAACCCUCGGCGGCCUGAAGCCGGCUCUAUACAUGCUCAGUGUCUUGGGGACGUACCACACUUGGGGCCGGACUGUCCUGGAUGGGUCAUUGUCCCAUCUGCUUACGGCUCUGCAUGGAUCGAAACCCUAUCUCCUGCCUGGAACCGAGUCUCCGCUCCGGACGCGCAUUACGGGGAUCUACUGGCCAAUUGAUUAUCUCCUGGAUGUACUCAUUGUCUUUUUCUGGGAAGCCGUGGAUGGAUCCCAUCCGGCCACUUCAGCCGUCGGCAUUUACUUCUUGGCGCAGUAUUUUAGCGUGCUGACAGGGGUAUAUGUGGAUAGCCUGAGACUGGGCCAAUCCGGGAAGACGACUCCUGCUCGCCUGGUUCUGGGUUUUCUUCUUCCCGCGGUAGCUAUGGCGCUCCCCUCCCCUGGACUUGUGUCCAAUGACUUUCAGCAAUUGGCACUGGUGGCGUGGAACAUCUUCCCGGUCCUUGUCUAUCUGACCAUGCAGGUCCUUCACGCUCUCCUACCUGCUGGCACGGUCAAUAAGGAAGAUGCUACUAGGAGGGCAAUCCGCAUUCUGAACGCGACAUCUCUCUUGAUCAGUUUUGCCGUGCAUGUGAGUCUUAUGAGUAUCAGCUUCACCACGAUUCUGUUCCCGAACCUCUGGACACCAGAGACUAUCCAUGAGUUCCACCCGGUUUCGCUGCUGAUCCCCCCGGUCUCUGUUACCGCGACGCAGACAGUUGGGGACGGAGUGCACAGUUUCUUCCUCUGGGAUCAAGUCUUUGGAUAUACUUUGGGUAUCCUAGUUGCUUGGUUACAGCUACGGACUGUCCUGAUUGCCCGAGACUGGUAUCGACAAUGGCCAUGGCCAAAGGUCCUGUUGGGGAUUGUUGGUGGGGCAAUGAUCGCAGGACCAGGGAGCGUGUGCCUGGGCCUCAACUGGAUCCGAGAUGAAGUGUUGAUGCCAUCAGCAGAAGUAAGCCAGAAAGAAGAGUAA